AGACCUAGUAAAAGACUUAAAAGAAGAAUAUGGAUAUGCAACUAACCAAGCACUAACCUUGGAUAGAAAAGACUUUGAAGUAAUGGAGGAAUAUGAACAGCGAAUCCUAAUGGAAAGAUUCGCUAGACAAAUAGAAUUAUGUGAAAGCGAACCACUACGAGAACAAUUCCAAGCAAAAUAUAGAGAAUUGUUAGAAGUGUCAUUAGAAAACUUAGACAAAAUACAUGAUGACAAAGACGAAGAAGAGCAAAUAUUCCAAGAACAAAUACGAGCCAGAACAAAAAGCUUAGAAUUACCAGAAACAUUACUACCAAGAUAUCCAUAUCGUGAAGAGUAUCAACCAACAAUAAAUGAACUACGAGAAACAGAACAACUAGCAGAUAGAUGGUUACUAAACAACAACUUCGGACGAACAAUGGAAUGGCAAAAGAAAUGGUACAGGGCACUUUAA